AUGAACCCCGAGGAGAUGGAGCUGGCUCAGGAGGUGAUGGAGGAGACCGACGCCCCGACUCGCCAUCGCCGCAGCAACCACAACAGCUGCUCCCGUAGCUACGGCAACCAGGAGAAGCGCUACCGGCGCUGCGAGGCCCCGGGCGGCAGCAGGUCCAGGGUCCCCCAGCAGUGCAGACCGCCGGACCAGCCAGAGGAGGAGCCGCGAGGGGGUCCGUCCCCGCAGCCCGUCCAGCCCGUCCAGCCCGUCCAGCCCAUCCCCCGACCGGCGGUGACGCGGUACCGCCGGCAGGGAGACAGCGAGGCCCGGAUCCGAGCCCAGCAGCAGAGACACCGGCAGCGGCAGCAGCGGGAGGCGGAGAGAGCGCAGCAGCUGGCCCAGCAGGGGGCCCAGCAGGGGCAGGGGGCCCAGCAGGGGGCCCGGCCCCACGGCCACACCAGCCACGAGGACGAGCGAGAGCGGGACGACUCGGCGCUGGCCCGGUCGGCCAGCACCGAGAGCGGCUUCCACGCCCACACCGACCGGGCGGAGGGCGACGACGGCCUGCUGGUGAUGUCGCUGGAGCCCGAGGGCCAGCCGGAGGGCGACGAUGAGGCAGGAAGUUACGUCCUUCAGCUCCGGCCUGAAGCGGACGGCUAUGCUGAAAGUGCAGAAGCUGAACAGCAACACCACCUCCCACAUUCCACUUAUCCUCUUCAACUUCCUGUCCUGCCACACGAGCCUUAUUCUGACAUCCAGAAUCCCCACAGAGAGGACGUCACACAGGAAGUGCUGAGCGCCGGCUACUCCAACUACGUCUACACGCAGCCCCUCCGUCAGGCCGCGGACAUGGACAGUGCUGCGGGUGGGGACACUUCUGUGGACGAUGGACUGGAGGCCUAUUCUGAGCCAUAUGACAUUUACUCGCUGUCGGAGCACGUGUAUGAGGAGAUCUGUGAUUCCCCAGCGUCGGUAGCAACGUCGCUAGUCGGGGUGAACGAUACAGAGCCGGUCCAGCAGAGCAGGACCGGCCUCCAGCUGCUGCAGGGCCGGGCCGGGGGCGGAGACUACCACCAGCAGGAGGCGGUGGGAUCCCGGCUGCGCCACUACGACGAGCGCUCAGACGGCGAGUCCGACAGCCCCGAGAAGGAGGCUGAGUUUGCACCUUACCCUCGCGCAGACAGCUGCGACCAGGAGGACGUCGACGGCACCGUCGCUGAAGUCAAAGAAAGUCUGGAUCGCCCUGCAGAGACCUGUGAGGAGGAGGACGAGACGCCACAAGACAAACAACCUGACGUCCAAACUCAUCCCGACAUGAACCACAAAGCCAGCCAUGAAAACUCUCAGAGACCGCCGGCAGGAAGUCCUGCAGAGGAGAACACAGCAGUGAGGAACAGCAGGGAGAAGAGGGACGCCAUAUCUCUCGCCAUAAAGGACAUUAAGGAGGCCAUCGAGGAGGUGAAGACUCGAACAGUGAGAUCUCCUUACACUCCGGACGAGCCCAAGGAGCCCAUCUGGGUCAUGAGGCAGGACUUGAGUCCCACCGCUGAGUGUGACCUCCCACCGUCCUUUGGAGGCGACUCUCCGGGCUCUGUCUCGCCGUCCCCUCCCGGAGCAGAGUCUUCCAGCAGUCGUCUGCUGCAGAGCGACAGCUUGGAGUCCCCCUCCAGUAAAGAGUCCAGAAGGAGUCUGGCUUCUUUCCCCACUUAUGUGGAAGUUCCGGGUCCCUGUGACCCCGAGGACCUGAUCGAUGGGAUCAUCUUCGCAGCGAACUACCUGGGCUCCACUCAGCUCCUGUCCGACAAGACGCCGUCCAAGAACAUCCGCAUGAUGCAGGCACAGGAGGCCGUCAGCCGCAUCAAGACGGCCCAGAAAUUAGCCCAGAACAAGAAGAAGGCCCCUGAGAGUGAGCUUCAGCCCAUGACGGAGGUGGACCUCUUCAUCUCUACGCAGAGAAUCAAAGUGCUUAAUGCUGACUCCCAGGAAACCAUGAUGGACCACCCUUUGCGGACCAUCUCCUACAUUGCUGACAUUGGGAACAUUGUGGUUCUGAUGGCUCGGCGCAGAAUGCCUCGACCGGACUCUCAGGAGAACGUGGAGGCCUCUGACCCUGGUCAGGACAGCAAGCGUCAAUACAAGAUGAUAUGCCACGUGUUUGAGUCUGAGGAUGCCCAGCUGAUUGCCCAGUCCAUUGGUCAGGCCUUCAGCGUGGCUUACCAGGAAUUCCUACGGGCCAACGGCAUCAACCCUGAGGACCUCAGCCAAAAGGAAUACAGUGACCUGCUGAACACCCAGGACAUGUACAACGACGACCUGAUACACUUCUCCAAAUCUGAGAACUGCAAAGACGUGUUUAUUGAGAAGGGUAAAGGUGAGAUUCUGGGCGUGGUCAUCGUGGAGAGUGGCUGGGGUUCCAUCCUGCCCACCGUCAUCAUCGCCAACAUGAUGCACGCGGGUCCUGCCGAGCGGUCCGGCAGACUGAACAUUGGGGAUCAGAUCAUGUCCAUCAAUGGAACCAGCCUGGUGGGUCUGCCCCUGUCCACCUGCCAGAGCAUCAUCAAGGGUCUGAAGAACCAGGCUCAGAUCAAGCUCAACAUCGUCAGAUGUCCCCCGGUGACCACCGUCCUCAUCAGGCGGCCUGACCUGCGCUACCAGCUGGGCUUCAGCGUGCAGAAUGGCAUUAUCUGCAGCCUGAUGCGAGGGGGCAUUGCUGAGCGGGGCGGGGUCAGGGUGGGCCACCGCAUCAUUGAGAUCAACAGCCAGAGCGUGGUGGCCACCCCCCACGAGAAGAUCGUCCACAUCCUGUCCAACGCCGUGGGAGAGAUUCACAUGAAGACGAUGCCUGCCGCCAUGUACCGCCUGCUGACCGCCCAGGAGCAGCCUGUUUACAUUUAACACCACACACACACACACACACACACACACACAC